GAUGCCAUCGCGCAUUUGCUGGAAGCCAAAACAAACCUUGUCCUCCGGGUAGACAAAAAGGUGAACUGACUCGGUUAUUAGUUGAAUUCAAUUGGUUCUUUUCGUCAGUGUCUGUGUGGAUUCUUUAAGGAUCAUUUCUUUAAAAUGAACCCGAUCCUGCGUGCAGGCCUAUACGGCCGUUGUUUGGCCAUGCCGGAAUCUCUGGCGUUGCAACAGGCUUUGAGGACCACAUCGACACUCGGUCCUACGGAACCAUUUUUCAAUCGGCAAAAGGCGCUCAACCGACCUCUCAGUCCACAUCUAAGUAUUUAUAAAUGGCAGAUCCCGAUGGCGAUGUCAAUCACGCACCGAAUUACCGGAUUAGGUUUGGCUAUGGGAGUUUACGGUUUUGCGUUCGGCGCCCUUACUAUGAAGGGCCAAUUCCCUGAAUGCGUAGCUGCCAUACAGGCGAUGCAUAUCUCACCGGCCCUGAUUAUUCCUACUAAACUAGCUGCAUCAGGCACCUUAUUCUACCACUACCUUAAUGGAAUUCGACAUCUCUGUUGGGAUUUAGGCUUCGGCUUCAAGGUCAACGAAGUGUACACCUCUGGCAAGGUUGUUUGUGCUUUAGCGACGGUCGCAGCUUUUUACGCUACUUUCAUGCUAUAGACACAGAGAAAAAUUUUAGACAGCAAAUAAUAUAAAAAGAGCAAAUUGAUGUGGAGUGGAAUACGGCCAGUUUGCAUUCUGCCCUAGCGAGGGCAAUUUGAAGUAGUCAAACAAAUACAUCUAAAAUAAAACGAGAUAUCUUAAAUAAGAGGGAUCUUUAAUUAAUAACAAUUAACUCGCAGAGUAAAAUGUUGAAAUCAUGUCUUUACAAACGGUAAUAAAUACUUAAGAGAAUUAUAGUGAAUUUUCCAAGACUAUACGCUGGGUAGGAAAGUGGUGAUAAAAAGCUAAAGAUACAGCUGGUGAAAGAGAUGAAAAAUAAAGAAUACUGCGCGUAUCUAUAACAUAUAAGUUCGUU